AUCCACGCCGUAAGAGGCGAUCAACGAUCGGAGGACGUGCGUCAUUCUUGACUUUGUACCAUCAUGGACGUGGACCCUCUACAGGACAUUAUACCCUCUCGCUAUGCCAUCGAAUCCGACGAAGAAGACGAAUUCAAUCCUCUGCAACGUCGUCCAGAUUCGCAAGAUGUUCCAGAGCCCUUGAACGUCCAGAUAGUUGGCAGCAUACCGACGGCAGGAAAGCUCAUCGUCGCGUCUGGAGAUGCGGGAAAGAUAUGGGCACGUGGGGAUAAUCUGGGCGAACAGACAGGCGCUGUUUAUGUGAACGGGAUCUCAGUGUGCCUCUGUUUCAACCCGGAAUGGACAAGUGCUACAAUAAUUAUAUCUGAAGUCACGACUAGGCUACCAAUAUGGGCAAUGAAUGGAUACGGUAAACAUAUUCUCGAAACGCUCCGGCCAUCAAGGGUUUCCAUACUGGAUGUAUAUCCUGUACCUUCGUAUAUAACCUCUGAGCCACUUUCUUUCCAAAAUGCCCCUAUUCGGUACCUGGCCACUACUCGCGUAGAUCCUGACAUUGCCGAACGUGCAGAAAAGUUUUCUCCACCUAAUCUCAUUUCUUCUACCUCAGCCGCCUUCAUGGCAGACCUGUCUGUCUCCAAAGUUCAGGGCGUCCUGUUCGUCUUGCCCUACCCCCGGAUACCUCCUCCGGCACCUAGAAAGCUCUCUCCAUCAAAUAUCGAAAAUCUUACAGAUGACUUAAUGCCUUGGAACGAGGACACUAUGUCUACUGUGCAGACAUUGCUAUUCAAGGCUAUUGACGAGAAAGCCCCGGACGUGUGGGUAAACAAAUCUUCAAAAGGAAUUGCCGUUCGCGUUACUACAAGGCAGAAAGGCGACAUUGGCGAAGGGGGGAUGUACAUUUAAUCGUAUUUGAUCUCGUUAUAUUAGGCAGGAAGAAUCACAGCAACAGGGUCUUGACAGCAUACACCUAUGCAGGCUCUUUGCUGUCGCAGAAACAAAAACCUUUUUAAUCACGAAGCACGCUGCCCAGAGCCAUAAAGAGUGGAUAUCCUACAUGAUAUAGCCGCUGCGGUCAGCUGGAACUGAGGAAUAUGUGC